CAUUUACUAAAGCAAGUGGCUUAGAAAUUCACUGCGAUGUCGCUGUUCCCAGACCACCCUCCCUGUGUUGGACUCGCUCUGUGAAGCGGUGCAGCGCUCAGACAGCGCUGAUGGCAGAUCGGGGCACGUGGACUGUGCCAGAGGAAAAGGCGAUAUCACCUGUUUGGGAAAUCUAGAACAACAGCGGACAAAAAGGAAGGAGGGACAGGCAGGUGGAAGCUUAGGUCUGCUGUGUCCACCCACCCCAUACUCUAUUAUAUACCCAAACAGAGACUCUCUCUCUCUCUCUCUCUCUCUCUCUCUCUCUCUCUCUCUCUCUCCUUGCCUCUCCCUUUCUUCCCAUUUGUCUCCUCCACUCUCUGAUGCUGGUGUGGUGAACCGCAGGACACUCUCCGCUGAGCUGCAUGGAGGCACAGGGAGGGGCGGGGAGCCCAGAGCCCAAUAAAGACAUCCAGAAGCUGCUGAAGCCCUCCAGCUCAGGUGACCUGUCCAAGGAGCUGUUUCAGCACCCAUUAGCAGAGGAGGAGGGCAGCUUGUCAGGGCACACUGCUAGCCUGCUGCACAUCAACGAGAAGAGACAACCGUUGAGCAGUGUCUCUUCUUUAGAGGUGCACUUUGACCUCUUGGAUCUCACUGAACUUACCGAUAUGUCUGACCAGGAGCUAGCUGAAGUUUUCGCUGACUCUGAUGAGGAAAACCACAAUGAGUCCCCAGCAGGUUCCCAUCACCCUGCGCUUCCCAGAGGUGGGUACAUGCGCUCCCCCUCGUGGACACGAUGCAGCAAAGUUGAGCCUCCACGAGAGAGAAAGCACCACAGUGACUCAGACACCACAGAGCCCUUAAUGAAGCUGGAAAGGCCAAAGCAACCAUGAUCUCUGACAUGAACCAACCAGCCUGCAGAGAGGAAAAUAAAACCCAGAGCCAGACAUACAGCCAGAGCGGUCACACAAAGCGGACCAAGAUGCCUCGUUCUGCCACCGUGCUCUCACAUAAUCUUACAUGGUGCUGGCGAGUUCAGGCUGAACUCUGGACACUGUGCUCUCUACUCUAACUAAAGAUGCUGAGAUGUGCAAUGUGCACACUUUCUUCUCUCCCCGUCCCAUUCUCUCCCACACUCACAAACACACGCAAUCAUUGUGUUGCUCAAGCAAAAGGUUCUUAGUGCACUCUGAGCUGCCAGAUUAUAAUCUUUGUUUAUUGGUUGACAGACAGGGUAUUAGGUCAGCAGAAUAAUAGCACUUUUAUCUGUGAAACCUCUCAGCAUGGGCUUGCACAGUGAGAUUGAUCGGGACAUAACCACAGCGUUAGGUUAGACUUCACGUGAAGCUCAGAUGACAGUGAGCUUCACUCUCAAUUACAAAGUCAUAAGAUAAAUCAUAAAUCAGACAUUUUUUUUCCUAAAUGAAACAUCACAUCGAUCUCUUAUUGAGGCUUAUUCUGUAACACCUCGAAGUAAGUUAAGUGAAGCAGGGGAUGUUGGUUUCUGCAAGGCUCAGCUCUAUCCACCACCUUUUCUCAAUCGUAAUGAAGAAUGUGUGCUGUUGUUUUAAAUGCCUAAAUAAAAAUAAUGCACUUCUUCA